GCCCAGAUAACUCUGUAUGUAGCCUAUUAAUACACCUUCUGUACCUAACCAAACAUGGCCUCCACAGAGAAUGCACUACCUACAGAAGUUGCAUUUGAGCUGCUUGGACACCAAGGGGCCGUGAGAGCUGUCAGGUUUAAUAGGACUGGCAGUUACUGUCUGACGUGUGGCAGUGAUCGUACUGUGAGGCUCUGGAACCCCCACAAGGGGUUGCCCGUCAAGUCGUACUCGGGUCACGGUGCAGAGGUGCUCGACGCUGAUUCAUCACAUGACAACAGUCGUAUAGUGUCAGGGGGAGUGGACAAGUUGGUGCUACUACUAGACGUGGGAACCGGACAACCUAUUAGAAAACUGAGGGGACACCUCAGCAGAAUCAACUGUGUCAAAUUCAAUGAAGAGGCCACCUUGAUCAUAUCAGGUUCCUAUGACGCCAGUGUUCGGAUAUGGGACUGCCGUACUAGGGUUCACGACCCUGUGCAGGUGAUGGACGAGGCUAAGGACAGCGUCACAUCUCUUAGGUUGACUAACAGCGAGAUACUCACUGGCUCUGUGGAUGGUAAGGUUCGUCGCUAUGACAUGCGGUUUGGGAAACUCUUCACAGACACCAUUGGACAGUCUGUGACAUGUGUGAGCCACUCCCACGACGGCCAUUGUGUGCUGGUCUCCACUCUCGACAGUAAACUGAGGCUCUUUGACAAGGACAGCGGCGAAAUGCUCAACGAGUACAGUGGUCAUGUGAACUCAGACUACAAGUUGGACAGUUGUCUGUCUCAAGAUGAUAGUCAUGUGAUCAGUGGCUCAGAGGACGGGAGAGUGUGCUUCUGGGACCUCGUGGAAGGCCACUUGGUACACACGCUACAGCUGAGCAAGAAGGGGGACAGGAAACCCCCUAUAGUGUACUCCCUGUGCUGGCACCCCACACGCCCCACCCUCCUAUCAGCUGGAUCUCACGGCCCUGUCACUGUCUGGAAACCAACAGGAUGGAGAGAACAGGAUGACGACGAACAAUGAUAAACGCUAUAGCUACAUACAUUAUUAAUAGCCUCAACCUUCUCUUUCUAAUUGUCCAAUAUAUUAAC